CGUUGUCGAAACUUGAAGUGAGCAACAAGUAAAUUUAGUUUGCCACACUGUCUUUAUACAACAGCUUGUUUUAAUUAUAAUAUAAAAUUAGUUUUGCCAAGCAUAAAGUGAAAUACAGUAGUUAAUAAUACAUUUAUAGAGAAAUCGCGAACCGAUUCGAAUAACAAGCUGUGUAAUGUCGGCAACAAGAUUCCUAAGUGCAAUCGGCCAAAUAUCGAGACAGCAAUUGCUGCAAAAUAAAUGCGCUAGAGCAUAUCCUGCCGCGGCGCAACUGCAACGCCGUCUAAUGGCCACGAAUCCGGCAACUGCACCUGUUGCUGCUGCUGCUUCUGGCAUUAACAAGCAUCUGCACACGAAGGUGGUCAAUGGAGUGCUGGUUAUUAAAUUCGACUCUCCCAAUGCCAAGGUCAACUCGCUGGGCGCAGAGGUGAGCGAUGAGUUCGAGCGUGUGAUUAAGGAACUGGAAACGAAUUCAUCGGUCAACUCGGCGGUGCUUAUUUCGGGCAAACCCGGCUGCUUUGUCGCUGGUGCAGAUAUCAGCAUGCUGGAGAGCUGCCAAACGGCAGAGGAUGCCUCGCUCAUCUCACACGGUGCCCAAAUAAUGUUCGAGCGCAUGGAGCGCAGUCGCAAGCCCAUUGUGGCCGCCAUCAGUGGCGUCUGUCUGGGCGGCGGAUUGGAACUCGCACUCGCUUGCCAUUAUCGUAUUGCCACCAAGGAUAACAAGACCAAGUUGGGCUUGCCGGAGGUUAUGCUGGGUCUGUUGCCCGGAGGUGGCGGCACUGUGCGUCUGCCCAAGCUGUCCUCGGUGCCCACCGCUUUGGAUCUGAGUUUGACCGGCAAACAGGUGCGUGCCGACCGCGCCAAGCGUCUUGGUAUUGUCGAUUUGCUGGUUGAUCCCCUUGGACCAGGUCUGCAGCCGGCGGCUCAAAACACCAUAGACUAUCUGGAAUGGACAGCUGUGCAAGUGGCCAACGAUUUGGCUAGCGGCAAAUUAAAAAUCAAUCGCGAGAAAACUGGUCUGGCCAACAAGCUGCAGGCGCUCGUCAUGGACACGGACUUUGUCAAGAACAAAAUCUUUGAUACAGCGCGCAAACAGGUGCUCAAGGCCUCCGGUGGUCUCUAUCCCGCCCCCCUGAAGAUUCUCGAUGUGAUUCGCACCGGUGUCGACAAGGGAGUCGAUGCUGGCUACGAGGCGGAGCGCAAGGGAUUCGGUGAAUUGUCAGCUACGCCCGAGUCCAAGGGUCUCUUUGCUCUGUUCCGUGGCCAGACCGAGUGCAAAAAGAAUCGCUUUGGUAAGCCACAGCGUCCUGUUAAGACUGUGGGCGUACUUGGAGCUGGUCUCAUGGGCGCAGGCAUUGUGCAGGUUUCCGUCGAUAAGGGCUACAAUGUGGUCAUGAAAGAUGCCACCGAUGCAGGUCUGGCACGCGGCAUUGGCCAAGUGCAAAAGGGUCUGGCAACGGCACUUAAGCGUAAACGCAUUACGGCCCUUGAACGGGAUCAGACUAUGGCACAUCUGCUGCCCACAUUGAACUACAACGAUUUUAAAACUGCCGACAUUGUAAUCGAAGCUGUUUUCGAGGAUAUUAACAUUAAGCAUAAAGUGAUCAAGGAGCUGGAGGCUGUGGUGCCGGAGCAUUGCGUCAUUGCCACCAACACCAGUGCCAUUCCCAUAAGCAAGAUUGCUGCUGGCAGCUCGCGUCCCGAGAAAGUGGUGGGCAUGCAUUAUUUCUCGCCAGUCGACAAAAUGCAGCUGCUGGAGAUCAUCACCCAUCCAGGCACCUCCAAGGACACCAUUGCCCAGGCUGUCGCCGUAGGUCUGAAGCAGGGCAAGGUUGUGAUCACGGUGGGCGAUGGUCCUGGCUUCUAUACCACGCGUAUUCUGGCCACACUUCUGUCUGAGGCCAUUAGACUGCUGCAAGAGGGCGUGGAUCCCAAGGAGCUGGAUCAGUACACGAAAAAGUUUGGCUUCCCUGUAGGCGCCGCCACAUUGGCCGAUGAGGUGGGCAUUGAUGUGGGUUCUCAUAUUGCUGUCGAUUUGGCCAAAUCCUUUGGCGAUCGCUUCAGCGGCGGUAAUCUGCAGGCUAUGCAGGAUCUAGUCUUGGCCGGCUUCUUGGGUCGCAAGUCCGGCAAGGGCAUUUUCCUCUACGAUGGCCAGAGCAAGGGAAGCCGUCCGGUCAACACAGAUGCUCAUGAAAUCUUCAAGCAAAAGUAUGCGCUCGUGUCCAAGGGAGCCAACACUCCUGAGGAUCUGACACUGCGCAUGGUAUCGCGUUUUGUUAAUGAGGCUGUCCUGUGCCUGGAGGAGAAGAUACUGGACAGUCCACUGGAGGGCGAUGUGGGUGCUGUUUUCGGUCUAGGAUUCCCACCAUUCACCGGUGGACCCUUCCGCUGGGUUGAUCUGUAUGGAGCUGGAAAAUUGGUCAACAAAAUGCAAUCAUAUGCUGAAUUGUAUGGUGCACCUUUUAAGCCUGCCCAAACCCUGCUAGAUAUGGCCAAGGAUCCAGCCAAGAAAUUCUAUCCCAAGACUGGCGCGUCAAAGUUGUAAACAACAACAGAUAUAUAAUCGACAUUUAGCUUUAGAAAGAAUUUAUAGAAGCAUUCUUAUGCAUUUUUCUCAGCUGUUCCCCAAUCAUUAAAUAAUUGUUUGUUGAAGUUGCGAAGAUAAAAAUAUAAAACAAUAUCAUGUAAUAUUUUCAUA